AUGGAAGACGUCGACGCCAUCAACGAAAUGUUUCCGGACGAGCUUCUGUCCGACGCCGAGUUCGAGAAGGCGUUGGACGCGUUGUGUGCCAAUCCUGACGAUGAGGUAAGUGAACUUUUCUAUGAUGUGAUAAGAAGUUCUAUGACGGUAGAACCCGGUUUUAUAUAAAUUUUGUACUUUCAGUUCAAACGAGAACUGACCGAAAUGAUGUCAGAGCAUCAGCUGAUCACAUGGGAAGAAGCCGAGCAGAUUCUGGGAGAUACUGGCGACGAACCAGUCAAGUCUAGUCUUCCUCAACAGACUAGGCCUACCGAGCCGGACAAUGAGACCAAUGUGGAAGAGACCAUCAACCGACUCCUCCAAAACGACCCUGGACUAGUCCAAGUUAAUCUCAACAACAUGAAGGUAAGGUGUACCAACUGUACCACUUUUUGUUUAGAGAACUCCCAUUCCGAAGAUCAAACGAAUCAUUGAAGCCAUGAAGCAGAACGAGUUCAUUCAACAACUCAGUUUGGCCAACAUGGGAUUGUACGAUCAUGACGUCAUGGUAAGUAAUAUUAUAGUUGAGUAUAAAUUAGUUACACUAAACUUGUGCCCUUUUCCAAUAAAAAAUAAGCAAAGAAUACCUAUCUGCAGACAAUUUUACAGCUGUAAACAUUUCAAAAACUGUUUUUAGAACUUGAUCGACAGCAUCGAAGACAACGAAAGUCUUCGCAAACUGAACCUAGAGACCAACUAUUUAAGCGGAGAGUUCUUCGCCAAACUUUUUGAUGCCGUGAACAAGAAUCAAGCCAUCGAAGAAGUAAAAGCCGUCAACCAAGGCAUGAACUUCUCGACCCAAGCUGAACGAGACAUAAUCAAGGCCAUAAAACAAAAUCAGAGUCUGACAAAGGUGAGCAUGAACAUCAGACUGCCUGAAUUGAGGAACAAGAUCCAGCAAAUCACCAUGAGGAACAUGGAAAUCAGUAAGUAAAUUUUUAUCAACCAAGUGAGAUGGCUCUUAAAUCCGUAUUUUAUUAUUCUAAAUUAGUGUUUUAAAAAACGUAAAACUGUCAUUAUCGCUUAUAUUAAAUAUGAUUGAUGACAAGAUUGUAAAAUAAUAAUUUCAGAGCGUAUUAUAAGGAAACAAGCAGCAGAUGCCCAAAGAGAACAAGAAGAAAAGAAGCGAAAAGAAGAGGAAGAACUGGCUAGGCAGGUAAGAGAUCCACUUUAUGUCAUACUCUUAAAUAUGGGAUAUAAUGAUAUUGCUUACUACCACCAAUGACGUCAUAAAUCAGUAAAAUCAAUAUCAUCCUAUCGGUAAUGCCACUUUAUCGUACCUUUUUAGAAAGCAGAAAAAGAGAAGGCCAAACAACCGCUCAAAGUGUUCCCAAAAGAAAUGUUACAGUACAACAAGAAGAAAGAAGAACCAAAGAAGGAGGAAGAAGUAAGAACAUCAAUCUCCAAAAUGGUCGCCGAGAAAGCGGUACUAAAGAAGUACGACCAAAUAGACAGCCCAGCACCAGAAACCAAAGGAAUGAAGCCAAUGAUUCUGGGAGAACCGAUUCCAGAAAAACGAUUCGGCUUCAACGAUGCUGACAUAGAAGACAAACGAACUGAAGAAGAGCUUAAGAAAAAGCCGGUCUUGAAGAAGCUUCCUUCAAUGGACAAAGCAGCCAUUGUCAGCAAGCCUAACAGUACCCAGAAGUUGGAGCCCAAGGAAUGGCCUCCGAAGCCUAAAGAAAAAGAAGUCGAAAAGCCACAGCCAAAGAAGAAUCCACUGGUUUCCAAAUGGGAAGCUGGAGAAACCGAACGGAAACCAAGGCUGGAUUCUUUGUCUGAGUUGUCGCUGGACACUUCUGACGACGGAGCCAGCUCUUCUGUUUCCAAAGGCAAAACGACACCUUUGAAGAAGAAGGCUACAUAUGACACACCGCUCAGUCCAACGUCAAUGGCCAUCAUGUCGAUGGAUUCUGACAAGAAACCGAAAGCAUCGAGUAUAGCUGAUAAAAAGUUACCCUCCAAGAUCGUGUCUCCAUUUUUGGCCAACAAAACAGAAGAUAAACCACUUCCAAAGCCUACAGAAAAACCGUCAUGGAGAAACAAAGUUGCGCCGAGUACAACAGAUAACAAAGCUUCGCCAUCUGAUACGGGUAAAGUUAACGCAGAUAUCAAACAACAAGAUGGUAAAUCACCAAAUUCUCUGGCAAAUGAUAAGUUUUUACCUUCAAAACCUACACCUUCAGUUACCCCAAAACCGCUCAGUAAAGCUACAGAAAGCGUGAAAGCAGAAGAGAGAGCUCCACCUUCUCCUCUAACGACUAGAAGAGCGUUUAGAAACUUUCCUACCAUACCUAAAACUGCAACAAAACCAGUAGAACCGAAGGUACCAGAAACAAAAGAAGUCGAUUCUAAACCCAAGCCUGUUUCUCCAUUGACAACUCGACGAGCUUUCAACAAACUUAACGAUACUUCUGCCAAAACAGAAGCAAAACCAUCGGUGGAAAAAGUUAACGGUCGUGCUGCAAACAAGCUAAGCGAUCGUGCUAACAAUACAACUUCUGAUGUCAAGAAAGACGAUGCUUUAUCGAUAAAUAUUCCCAAAACUUUACCCAAAACCAAGCUUCUGUCGCCGUCUUCAACUGUGAGUCCUGGAUCAAAGUCUCUGUUAUCACCCAACUCCGCCAACGAUUCAGCUUCUGCCGUCUCGGAUUCAAGCAUUCUGUCAGCGACUUCUGAAAACGAACUCAAAGAUGGUGCCGAUAAGCCUAAAAGGAAGAAGAGGAUCGUCAAGAAGAUUGUUCGGCGAAAAAAGAAAAAGGUUCCAGAAGGUGAAGCUACAAAAACUGAAGCCGACGCUUCAGGUGUGAACGAAAUAAAUGGUGCUAAAACCAAAGAAAACGGUGAAGAUAGGCUUAACAGUGGCUUUAAAACUGAGGCUCCAAAGGAGGAAAACUCAAAAACUGUUAUUUUAAAACCAGAAGCCACAGAAUCAUCAAAACUAACCGAGAAUGGAGAUUCAACCGAUGACAAAGACAAAUAUGAAGAUAAAUAUACUCCAAAAGAUACUUCCAAAGAUAUCACCGAGUCUUCUGAAGACGACACCUACUCUCGACGGAGAAGACUAGAAUCAAGGGACGAUCCCGUCGUGCCGCGGAUACCGCCGAAGCCAUCGUACCGAAGCGACUAUUCGUCCUAUAGAAACGGUAGCAGUUAUUCCUCCAGAAAUCGGCUGCCUUACAGCAGUGGUCUCAACCGAUAUAGCAAGUACUAA